AUGAAAACAAUAAACCUUGACAAUAUUUUUAGCACAGAACCGCGGUAUAAGAGACUAAGCAGAAAGAACAGCCAGAACAAAACGGUGUACAACGACCGAUACACCAAGAAAUUCGGUUUUAUGGAUAAAAUAAUAGCAAGCACACAGAUUAUUACGGAGCCGCGCUACAAACGACUGGAGACGCGCAAGGUAGACACGUCUCCAUUUAGGAUACUUGAUGCUCCUGGCGUAUACGACGACUACUACCUGAACAUAUUGGACUGGAGUAGCAACAACUACAUCAGCAUCUGUCUCGCUGAAGAAAUUUACCUUUACGAUGUGGCCAACAAGGACGUGAUAAAUUUGGCAACGUUCAAAAGUGGAGUGUACGCGUCAUCUCUCAGGUCAAACGGUAACGUGCUGGCUGCAGGCAUAAGUAACGGCGAUAUAAUAUUCUACGAUGUGGAGAAAUGUAAAUUAAUGGGAAAGCGCAGCUUUCACCAAACACGGGUAACCAGUCUAGAUUGGAACGGCAAUGUGCUAAGCAGCGGCAGCAGAACAGGGUUGAUAAGCAACAUUGAUCUGAGGGACAACAAGGAGAUCAGUAAAUUUAAAUUUCACACGCAGGAGGUCUGUGGGCUAAAAUGGAGCAACUCAAAAAGGUAUUUGGCGAGCGGAGCAAACGAUAAUUGCAUCAAUAUCUGGCAAUUGGGAUCGAAUUCGCCGCGCUAUACCUUAAACGGACAUUCAUCCGCUGUGAAGGCCCUGGAUUGGUGUCCUUGGAGAGUGAGCAUCCUUGCAAGUGGCGGUGGAUCCAAAGACAAAACUGUGCGAUUCUGGGACAUCGAAACCGGUACGUGUGAGAGUAGCGUGGAGAUGUCGUCACAGGUGUGUGGUAUUCAUUUCCUUGCCAGGUAUAAGGAGAUGGUCACUGCACAUGGAUACAGCGAAAACGAUAUCUGUCUCUGGAAGGUUUCCAAUUUCAAAAAGAUCUGCUCGUUUGGAAAGCAUGAUAACAGGGUGCUCUACACGGUUUUGAGCCCUGACCAGACAAUCGUGGCGUCUUUAGCAGCGGACGAGAACUUGAAAUUCUGGAGGAUCCUUGAUAGAACGGAUGUCUCAACACCGAUUGUGGAAAGUGUCAGCAUAAGAUGAUGUAAUGGUAAUCCGGUAUAGAACAGGCAAUCAAUAAAGGUAUCGUAUCAUGGUUGGUCUGCAGGCGCGUUGCUUGUUCAAAUUACAAUCUUGAGCAAGUUAAAGAUAAAAAUGGCAUUGUUCCACCAUUCACUUUACAUGUGAGCACAACAACGGGUGAAAACUGAAAACAUUUUCUAUUGACCGGUGCUUGGUGUCAACAAUACGUUUAAAACCGUGUUUUUGUGUACUUGCACUGUGUAACGUAUUUAUUUCACAUAUUUCAUCGUAAACAGCAGAAUUGUACACGAACUGGUCCAAAAUAUUUAUUACAAGCACUAAACAACUACCGGGUAUGUAUGCGAAUUACGCCACUCAAUCACACCACACUGAUCACUCAACACAUAUUUUCACCAAUCCAACACCAACUCGGUCCAUUAGAAACGAAACGUGCACCCGCCAAUUGCUACCGAUCAGAGCACCGUUUUAACGUGCAACACGUUUCAUUAGUAACCAUUCCCUGUGUGUGCUGUGGCUGUUAUAGCAUACUUCUUCAUUUCUUACAUCAUCUGAUUAAACCAUAUUUGCUCA